GAAAGGAAGCUUGCUGCAACUUGCCCAUGCCCGUAACAAGCCCAUUUUACUUCUUAACCUCGGCCCGACGCGAGCGGAUCCCCUUGGUCUCAUUAAACUAGAAUUUCCAUGCGGAAAAGUUUUGGAUAGAGUUGUACAGGAUCUCUG